AUGGCCAAAGAAUCGGUCUUCUCCUCGAAUGAAAAGUUUCAAAGCACCACUUUCGAUUAUGUCAUCGUGGGCGGCGGUACAACCGGACUGGCCCUCGCAGCUCGUCUAAGCGAAAGGUCUUCGAUCACUGUUGCUGUCCUUGAGGCAGGCGAGUUUCGCAAAGACGAUGAAAAUGUGGAGGGCUUAGCUGGAAUGCGAAAGAUGCUUAAUAAUUCUGAUUACGAUUGGGCUUUCAAAUCAACACCACAGGUAAUCACGGGUCAAGCAGCUCUCGAGCAAGCUUAUUCUCGGGAUUCCUUGCAGCCUUACUUUGCUAGACACGAGACGCUAUUACCGGAUCCCCGUUCCGGCGAGCGUCCGAAGCAUUUUGUGCGGGACCCCGAGAUUCAUGGUCAUUCUGGCCCCGUCAUGGUCUCAUGGUCACCAACACCUCCCAGUAUCACCUCUACUGUGAUCGACGCCGUCAGCGAGGUCUCGGUUCCAUGCGAGUACACGGAUCCCUCUGCAGGCCGUCACCUGGGCUUUGCUCAUAAUUUCACGACAGUCGAUCGCCGCGAUGGUAAGAUUAAACGCAGUUACGCCGCUAACGCCUAUCUCGAACCCAUUUUGGAUCGACCCAACCUCCAUAUUUUGACGCAAGCGAUCGCAUUCCAGAUUGUAUUAGAGGAAAACCCUUGCACCGCUAGGGGUGUGAGAUAUAUGUACAAUGGAAGUGAGUACGAGGUAAAGGCGAGCCGAGGAGUGAUUAUGUCCGCCAGCACAAUCCAGAGUCCAAGGCUCUUGGAGCUGUCUGGUAUCGGAAACCCAGAGAUAUUACGAGCGGCUGAACACCCUGUAACGAGUGUUACAUAUGAGUUGACUGAGUCUCCGCAUAACGUCACCAUGGACUCUCUAUUCACCAACCCGGAAUUAGUUCAGGCUGAAGUAGCACGGCUAAUGCAAACAGGAGAAGGAUUACUUGCAGGCACCGCUGGCAGCCUGAUUUACAUACCUUACGCGACUCAAGUCUCCGAAGAUCGCUUAGAGGAAACGGUCAGCACGGUAGCGAGGACAGUUUCAGGAUCAACCUCUGCGCAUUAUUGCGAGCAGGGAGAGCGAGUGAUUCGGCUCCUGCGUGACAUCUCUGCGCCAGCUAUCGAGCUGAUAGCCAUGCCCUGCAACUUCAAUGUUGCAAAGUCCAAUGACGACCAGAGCCGAGUGAUAGCUGGUCCUCCUGAAGGUUAUAACGAUUGCUUCUCCCUGCUGGUCAUCCCAGUGUACCCAAUGUCUCGUGGCAGUACACAUAUCACAAAAGCAUCCCCUGGGCAGGAUUGGCGGACGGCAGCACCGGAGAUCGACCUGUCAUUGCUCUCUCAUCCCUCAGAAGUGGAUGUCAUGGCAGCUGGCCUCACGACCGCGGACAGAGCUUUCAAGACAUCCCACAUGGCAGGCCGGGUCGGGCGCCGCGUGUCACCCCCUAUAGAAGUUAAUCUGGAGGACGUGUCUCAGGCGCGUAAUUUCGUCCAAGAAAGUGUUAUGAUAAUUAACCACAACAUUGGCACGUGUGCCAUGCGCCGUGUCGUGGAUGAUCAGCUGCGAGUCAAGGGUGUUUCCAAUCUACGGGUGGUUGACUGUAGCGUCAUACCCGAUCAGAUCAGUGCACAUACGAUGGCUACUGUGUAUGCUUUAGCCGAACGGGCAGCACAUUUAAUUAGUCAGACUGUGUAG